GCUGACUCCUUCCCGCCAAAUACAAGCGCGAGCUGUCGAACGCGCGGGCUGAGCGGCGGACCCCCCUGUGCACCGGGAGCUAGACGGUUCCCCUGCAUGCACGGAGGAGGCGGGAAGCACAGAUCGUCCGUGUGCCGGGGCCGCUGAGAUGCCGGGGAAGGGAGGACCUGGAGCAGCUACCGACAGGAAAACCGGCAGCCCGGCAGGUGAGCAGCGUAACGUCUCGCCAACCUACUAACAUACACCGUGACGGACUGCACUGACCGGGGGGGCCGGAGAUGGACAGGCAGGGGGUCUCCAAUCAUUAAUCCGGUCACCCUCUAUAAACUCCAUCUCCCUCUAUGCUGCAGCCUGGUGAAGCUAUGGUGAGGUACCCCCUAAACCGCCCGGCUCCCCCAUAUCACCGUGCCGUAAAGCAGUGCUGUGGUAAUGUACCCCCAGCCCCCCAUAAUCACUUUGCCGUAAAGCAGUGCUGUGGUAAUGUACCCCCAGCCCCCCAUAAUCACUUUGCCGUAAAGCAGUGCUGUGGUAAUGUACCCCCAGCCCCCCAUAAUCACUUUGCCGUAAAGCAGUGCUGUGGUAAUGUACCCCGGCUCCCCAUAAUCACUUGCCCUAAAGAAGUGCUGUGGUAAUGUACCCCCAUAUCAUCUUGCCGUAAAGCAGUGCUGUGGUAAUGUACCCCCAUAUCAUCUUGCCGUAAAGCAGUGCUGUGGUAAUGUACCCCCAUAUCAUCUUGCCGUAAAGCAGUGCUGUGGUAAUGUACCCCCAUAUCAUCUUGCCGUAAAGCAGUGCUGUGGUAAUGUACCCUGGCUCUCCCAUAUCACCUUGCCGUAAAGCAGUGCUGUGGUAAUGUACCCUGGCUCCCCCAUAUCACCUUGCUGUAAAGCAGUGUUGUGGUAAUGUACACCUAGCCCCCCAAUAAUCACCUUGCCGUAAAGAAGUGCUGUGGUAAUGUACCCCCAUAUCAUCUUGCCGUAAAGCAGUGCUGUGGUAAUGUACCCCCAACCCUCCAUAAUCACCUUGCCGUAAAGCAGUGUUGUGGUAAUGUACCCCCAGCCCCCCAUACCAUCUUGCCGUAAAGCAGUGCUGUGGUAAUGUACCCCGGCUCCCCAUAAUAACCUUGCCGUAAAAGAAGUGCUGUGGUAAUGUACCCCCAUAUCAUCUUGCCGUAAAGCAGUGUUGUAGUAAUGUACCCCUAGCCCCACAUAUCAUCUUGCCGUAAAGCAGUGCUGUGGUAAUGUACCCUGGCUCCCCCAUAUCACCUUGCUGUAAAGCAGUGUUGUGGUAAUGUACACCUAGCCCCCCAAUAAUCAUCUUGCCGUAAAGCAGUGCUGUGGUAAUGUACCCCCAUCCCCCCAUAAUCAUCUUGCCGUAAAGCAGUGCUGUGGUAAUGUACCCUGGCUCCCCCAUAUCACCUUGCCAUAAAGCAGUGCUGUGGUAAUGUACCCUGGCUCCCCCAUAUCACCUUGCCGUAAAGCAGUGCUGUGGUAAUGUCCCCCGGCUCCCCAUAAUCACCUUGCCGUAAAGAAGUGCUGUGGUAAUGUACCCCCAUAUCAUCUUGCCGUAAAGCAGUGUUGUAGUAAGGUACCCCCAGCCCCCCAUAUCAUCUUGCCGUAAAGCAGUGCUGUGGUAAUGUACCCUGGCUCCCCCAUAUCACCUUGCUGUAAAGCAGUGUUGUGGUAAUGUACACCUAGCCCCCCCAUAAUCAUCUUGCUGUAAAGCAGUGCUGUGGUAAUGUACCCUGGCUCCCCCAUAUCACCUUGCCGUAAAGCAGUGCUGUGGUUAUGUACCCUGGCUCUCCCAUAUCACCUUGCCGUAAAGCAGUGCUGUGGUUAUGUACCCUGGCUCCCCCAUAUCAUCUUGCCGUAAAGCAGUGUUGUGGUAAUGUACCCCCAGCCCCCCAUAUCAUCUUGCCGUAAAGCAGUGCUGUGGUAAUGUACCCCCAGCCCCCCAUAUCAUCUUGCUGUAAAGCAGUGUUGUGGUAAUGUACACCUAGCCCCCUAAUAAUCAUCUUGCCGUAAAGCAGUGCUGUGGUAAUGUACACCUAGCCCCCCCAUAAUCAUCUUGCCGUAAAGCAGUGCUGUGGUAAUGUACCCUGGCUCCCCCAUAUCACCUUGCCAUAAAGCAGUGCUGUGGUAAUGUACCCUGGCUCCCCCAUAUCACCUUGCUGUAAAGCAGCGCUGUGGUAACGUACCCUGGCUCCCCCAUAUCACCUUGCCGUAAAGCAGUGCUGUGGUAACGUACCCUGGCUCCCCCAUAUCACCUUGCCGUAAAGCAGCGCUGUGGUAACGUACCCUGGCUCCCCCAUAUCACCUUGCCGUAAAGCAGCGCUGUGGUAAUGUACCCUGGCUCCCCCAUAUCACCUUGCUGUUAAGCAGUUCAGGAGCACUUUAUCCCGCCAGGCUCUGUGUCCUGUCCAACCCAGACACUCAGCAGUAUUGCUCACUGCUAGGUCUUGUUUGUGCUGGAUGAAUCCCAUUUUUUUUUUUUACUGUUUCACUCCAUCAGAGCAACUAUUUCACCUCUCACUCAAUGUCAUGUCCAGAAAUUGCCAAAUUAUCCCAAGUGACAUUUGCAGAUAUCCUCCUUGUUGUUUCUGGGAAGACAUCUUUCUUGCUUCCCCUACCUCUCACCAUGCUUUCUCCUCUUCCCACUCUGCUUAUUAAGUGAACUAAAGGAAUACUUCGGUCACCAUAACCACUUCAUCUAAAUUAAGUUAUGGUGACUGGAGGCUCCCAGUAGCACUCCUACCUUAGGGGGUUAAACCGUUCUUAAACAAUUUAAUCCCAAAGGUUGCCUACAGGGCCGAUCUGCAGGUCACCCUGGCAGCAUCCUACACCCAAACCUAAAUUACUGGAAGUGCGGAGUGUUAGUGGGCAGGGGAGCAGCAGCUAUGCCAAUCAGUAAUUUGCCAUUUGUUUAAAAACAAAAAAAACUUUUGCUAGGGAGCUGCUGAUUGACUUGGUGUCAGCUGACCACUGUAGCCAAUCAGUGACUGCGCUUUCUCUAACUGAGAUUCUGAAGCCCAAUUUCCCCUUAGGAGAUCGAAUCGGCGCUGGAUGCAAACUUUGGGGUUAGACUGUUUGAGAACGCUUUACCCCUUAUGAUUUGAAUUCCACCGGGGGCUUCCUGAUUCCCGAACUUAAUUUAGAUUUAGUUGUUAUGGUGGCAGUAAUGUCCUUGUAAUGACAGUUUUUCAGCUCACGAGCAGGGCCACCUGAAUUUUUUAUUUUUUAUUUUUUUUUUAAUUAUACUGUCUGUAGUCUUUCUGUAGCUCUUUGGAAUGGAGUUCAUGUCAAAGCGUCAAUUUCUUAUAAGUGCAAAUUAAUGGUAAUGUAAAGUGACAUAAGUAAAUUAUUGGACUGUGCUUUCAUGUGGCCACAUCAUAUGUGGAGUUUGUGCAGCUUUUGCGCCCUCUGCGUGCCACGUUUUACAACUUCUUAGUAACUUCUGUAGACUCUUUGGUAGCAGGUGGAGAGUUCCUGUUUAACAACUCUAAUCUAAAAAAUAAAUUUCAAUAGAUCAUAUAUUUUUUUUUUUUUUUGUGAUCAUAAUGCCUUUAGUGAACCUGUCAUAACUGGUUCGCUUCAACAUAAAUCAUCCCUAAAUGCUAUUAAUACAUCAUAUAUCAGAGGUUUUAACUUGCCGCACCUUCGAUCAAGCACCGCCAUGUUCUCACCUUUUGUAGGUAUUCCUCUCCUCUAAUACCCACCUCCAAUUUGUCUGUGCUCCACUUCGUUUCUUGCUUGGGGAUACUUCCACAUGCAAGGCAAGCCACUUCUGUGAUGCCGACAUCAUUCCCAUACUCCCUAGCUAGUGCUAGCAACAUUUGCUAGGGUGUUACUAUAGCAACUACACAGCCUGUAAGAGAUCUUUUCUGUGCUGAAAAAUUGACUGAUGUGGGAGAAAGACACAUGUUUAAAUGAUUAUUUUUUUUUUCUUCAAAUCAAUACAUUUGCUAACAAUUCAUAGAAAUGUUAUGCUCUUUUAAAACUGCAUAAGUUAUAGGUAGUAUAAGAAGUACCCUUUAAACGAACACUCUAGGCAUCAUAACCAUUAUAUCGCACUGUAUUGGUAUUUAUCAUCAAGGUCUUGACAAUGCAAUGGCUACUGGGCUAAUGGUGGACAACACCCAGGGGCUCCUGGCACAGUAACUAGGGAUGCACAGAAAUUUCUGUUACCAAAAUCUUUGGCUGAAAAUUGACCCAUAUUGACCGAAAAAGACUCUGCACAAUCGAGAGGAGGCCCAGACUGUCUGACAGCUUCCGCAGCUCCGAGCACCCGCUGACCUCCAGGUAGUUGAGGUCACGCCACAUACCUGCAGCUUGUCAUCCUUAGCCGGACCCUGGAGUACUAGCUCCAGGCGCCUCUCCUUCUCUACCUCUGGUCAGGCCACUGUACGCUUACUGCCAUCAUCUUUACCGACAGACCCUCAGACCAGGAACUACUAGAGCGGCCAAUCAGAAUCUAGUACACCGGAACUGCUUCUGCCAGGGGAUAUGCAUUACAAGCUGGUUUUGCUCACUCCUGUCUGUCUGUGACAGAUAAUCCACUUGAAAUACACAGUAUGAUCACAGAACAUAUACCUCAAGUGCAAAAAAUAAGUACUAGCCUUAUAAGGCUAUUCCUCUACCAAGUUACAGCUCUAAAUAUCCAUAGAAGACCUCCAAAGUAGUGCUUAAAAACUCGUACGUGAGCUAUAUUAAAAAGGCUUAUUUUUUUUAGCACAAACUGUCCCCUUGUAUACAGACAAUAGAUCAAUCUUGAGGGUAGACAAGGUGUUAAAACAUAAAAUACGUUGGAGGUAGCCAGGGGUAACUGGAGGUAAGACCAAAGAUACUAGUUUAUGACUAGUAACUUUGUCUAGUCUAGUGACUUCACUAGACUAGUACCUUUUGGUCUUACCUCCAGUUUCCCAUGGCUCCCUCGAAUGUAUUUUGUUUUAACCCCUUGUCUACCUUCCAGAUUGAUCUAUUGCAUUGGGGGAGGGAGGGGGGGGGGGUCUUUUUCGGCCAAGGGCAUCCUGAAUUUUAAUUUCGGUGCAUCUCCAACAGUAACAAUUGCAAGUUGCAUUAUUCGUUUGGUAUCUAGUCUCUUUAAAUCAUUGUUUAUGCAGACCUAGCUGCACCUUCUGUCUGUGACCUGCACAGUCUCCCUACACGCUCCCAUCUAUAGAGGUUUUAUUGUUAUACUUCCCUUAUUUUACAGUGUAUUUAAUUCAGAAUGUAUGUGUGGCUGGGUUGAUUUCCUGCUUGUGCAUGCAUCAGCCUCCUGUGUGUGAAUAAAGUUCACUUAACAGAGCAGGAGAUAAGAAGUUCAAAAGUAACCAAAUUGCCAGGAGAUAUCUAGAGCAGUGAGGCUACUGGGACACGAUCUAUAUACCAAACUAACUUCUUUAAGCUAAAAUGUCAUGAUUUAAAAAUAUAUAUUUUUUGCUUAGUGUCCCACAAGAUUUUUGGCAAAAUGUGGCAGUGGAACCUGUGCCUCCUCGUUCUGAAUCAUUACAUAGAACAGGUGUCAUAUCAUCCUCCAUAGGUCCCAAAAGACAGUUUUGUGGCUAGUGAAGCCACAUGGAACUGAAAAAAGAAAAUGAUGAUGGGUAGAGGUAUUCAGAUAAGUGAAUCUUGCCUUUCCUCUUCAAUGGGUGCUGCAGUGUAUGCAGAUGUGUCAGCCUUUAAAGGUGACCCUAUGCGACAAUGUAAACACUGCCCUUUUUCUGAAGAGGCAGAAAUAUAGAGGUCGAGAUAGAGAAGGCUAGCGAAAGCAGUUCUGCCAUUUUGAAAGGAGUUUUUACCUUGACUCCAUGGCUAUUUUCUGUCCUGAUGAUCUCAGCCAAUUCAAUGCUUUCCCAUAGGAAAGCAUUGGGAGGCUAUUGAGCAUUCACAACAAAAUGCCAUGCUGUGCCAAUCAGCAUUUCCUCAGAUGCAUUGAAUCAAUGCGUCUUUGUCUAGCAACAUCCAUGCAGGGCGGGGAGACGCUGAACAUAGGUGCUGUGCAUAGUGGACUAGGAAGCACAUCUAGUGGCCGACUGCUAAUAGAGGUGUUCUCUGAAAAGGUAGUUUUUAUCGUGCUCUGUCUGCUGUCCCAGCCUAAAAAAAAUCUCUCUACACUGCUACUCCUAACUUCUGAUUAUGAUAUGAGAGAACUAUGGCACAGUCAGGCGGUGUCUGUAACUGCUAUAUCAGAGUGUGCAAGCUAACAUAACUGCAGCUAAAGAUUGCUUGAUGCUGGGAGAGCGUGCAUGUAUCAGUAGCUCGAUGUUUGUGUUGCACAUGUUUCCUAUUGUACACAUGCAGGCUUAGUGUGGUAUACUGUGGUAAGGUUAAAAAGGGUAACAGGACAUUGAAUAAAAAACAGUAACAAUGCAUGAAUAAACAGUAGGUGCACACAAUUGAGGGUUCUCAUCUGUGGAUAGGGUCUUCCCCAUCAGGCCUCUUAUGAUAGGCGUGGGAGUCCGGUUAGCGUUCGCAUGUGAGUGUAGAAAGGAAGGGUUAUAUGGGCUGGUACCUCGCAGUUGGACGUUGGUAACCUUAUUAACUCUUUAGAAUUUCAAUGCCAUCUAUAUGUUGACUUGUGAGGGGACUAUGGAAGCUUGCUGGCUGCAGUUUUUGUAUAUUACUAUUUUAUUUAUAUAGCGCCAUCAGAUUCCGUAGCGCUGUACAAAGGGUGGACUAACAGACAUUUAAUUGUAAUCCGACAACUCGACGUACAGGAACAGAGAGGUGGAGGGCCCUGCUCAAUGAGCUUACAUUCUAGAGGGUACAUUGUAAUUUAUGGGAAGACUGUCCUAUCCUACCUUUCCAACCCUUGCCUAUGUGGAAUAAACAGUCUGCACCACCACUCCAGCAGUGGAUGGAUAAGGUCGAUUAAAUUUACAGGAUUGAAAUUGACAGUAGCGAUAAAAGGCACUAAUUUGCACCUCCUGGUUGGACCACACUACUCGUGGAGCAUCAAACCCUUGUUAGGGUGAUAACACUGAAUAACUGAGUGAAGAGAAGGGAGAUAAUGGCAAGAACCACAGCACAUAUUUAUCAAAAUAUUCCUGUAUUCCUGACCCUAUAGUGGUAAAACCACCAUCUAGCCCCCUUGGGCCCCUCAUGCCUCCAUAAAUAUAGCAAAAUCUUACUGUAUUCAAGCCAAAAGCUGUGGAUCUGCAUGCUGUUUGCCUAAAAAAGACAGUCUGCUGACAUCAGAAGUGGUAGCCUGAUCCAAUCACAAUGCUUCGCCAUAGGAUUGGCUGAGAGUGACAAGGAGGCAGAUCAGGGGAGGAGCCAAUAUGAUUCAAACACAGCCCUGACCAAUCAGCAUCUCCUCAUAGAGAUGAAUUGAAUCAAUGAAUCUCUGGGGAAAGGUCAGUGUCUUCUUGCAGAGGGAGGAAACACUGAAUGUUUGGAUGCAUUUUAGGCAGCCAUGACCCAGUAAGGAUCUCUAACAGCUAUCUGAGGAGUGGCCAGUGAAGUUCACUAGACUGUAAUGUAAACACUACAUUUUCUCUGAAAAGAGUGUUUACAGCAAAAAGCCUGAAGUUAAUGAUUCUACUCACCAGAACAAAUUCAAUAAGCUGUAAUUGUUCUGGUGACUAUAGUGUCCCUUUUAAGCCUGCCUAUAGUGGCCGUCUACUUGUCAGUGCUUCUGGCCUUUCACGUUGUUUGACUCUGUGAAAUGACACUGGACUUCAUUGCAUUUUGCCGGUGGGAGUCCAGCUUCUUGUAAAUCUAAAUUUGAAUUUUUAAGCAAAUAUGACACAAACUUCAUACUAAAUGUAGCAAUGCAUUGCAAAUAUUGUAUACUUUCCCAAACCCUGGGUGUGGACAUGCACAGAAUUGUCAUUAACCAGCCCAGAACUUUUCCGGCAUCUAGAGUUACACCUCCUGCAGCAAGAGUUAAAUUCUGUAUGUGCAACACUACAUAGUGAAAUGCUGCGCAUACAGAAUCCAGGUACUAUUACCACUUACAAUAGCUGAAGUGAUAUAGGUGCUUGGAGUAACCAUUUAAAGGUGCACUAUAGCAGUUUUAUUUGAUUGAAUCGGUUUUCGUGAUUGGAUUCUGUUGGGGCUGUCCCAUUUUUCAGUGAUAAACCAUUGUCAAGCAGUUUUAACAUUGAAUGAUGGUUCCUGGUCCUCAACUAAGGCAGAUAUUUAUGCCCCUCUUUUGAGCCAUACCAAUGCCCAUCAGCAAUGGGCAUUGUGAUAGGCUGAAAGCUGUCAGCUGACACAGCUAAUCACAGCUACUGUUCAGGCUAAUGCUUCCUGUUUAGCACAUGCAACAUAGAGGUGUUGGACUUCUGGGGAUUCUGGUUUAGCAUUAAAACAUUUUAAUGCUGAAUGGAAGGAUAGUGCCAGGGGACUCAACGCUAUUUCAGUGAGGUGAAGCAGUUAGUGCCUACAGUGACCCUUUAAAAUGAGCUGAAAUUGAAGCACUGUUAAUUUAUGUAUACUCUAUUUGCUAACUUUUAUUGAACAUUGUGGUGAGACUGUUUCUUUACAUCUCUAGUAGUUAUUUAUACAUAAACUGAAUCACAAUAUAACUUUUAUUUAUGUCCUCUUUGCAGUCAUGAAGUCCUCAUCCAGAGCUGCUUCGAAGAAAAUGGUGCAAGGUACAAUACUCAUUGUUUUUGCAAAGCCUGGUUAUGUCCUGCUCAGUUGUCUGAAAUUGUUGGAUAUAGUAUACAUACUGGGAUCACUCCCAUAAAGUACUGCUAGGAAGAUAAGAAUUUUUCUCUCCUUUUAUCAACCACAUCUUGUUAAAUUUCACACUUAUUAAAUCAAAGUGAUAAGUGUGAGUAGGUGCCUUACAUUAAAAGGUCACUAUAAUGGCAGGGACCUUAUAGUCCCAAAAGUCACUUUUUCCUGUUAAAGUGUGAAAACCUAAUGAGCUUAAAUGUCUAACUUGAUCUGUAGUUCAACACAAUGAGAAUUAAAAAAAAUAAAUAAAAAAAAACCUGUGCAUUUUCUUAGAGCUCACAACUGCUGGGGCUUAACGAGUUGCCUGCUAGCAGCACCUUGAGUAGAUUUUGUUUGUAAAAAGUAAGUGAAGGAGAACUUGCAAAUGUGUGCAUCCUUUUGUGUCAAAAAAUGCCAAUUCCAAAACAAAAUCUGAACUGAAUUAUGUUCUGAUCAUAUACCUUAUGUAGGAUGCAGAUACAAAUGUUUUGAUUUUGAACGAAUACUACAUCCAUCUGGUCGUAGGGUGCAGAUUUGGUAGGGAUACCCAAAUUGUAGUAGAUAAUCAUUGCUUCAUGCUGAAUGGUACUCAACCAGCUUCCAAAAUGAAAACGGGUUCGAGAGUUCUCCCGAGAGGAUAGAAAAGCAGCCCCUCAAAGACAAUAAUAAAAAAUGGUACUCCACCUUUAAAAGUACCUGUAGUCUAGUGCCAGGAAGGUGUCCUUGCAGCAUUCACUUCCCCCAUGAUGAGGUUAUCAAGAUUGAAUAGCUCUUGUCAAAUCCUCCAGUCUGAUAUUUCUCAUGGAAGCAUUAACUCGAGUGCUUCUGUAUGCGGAUUAGUGGUGUUUUGCACCAUCAUGCUGUGGAUGAUUUUGCUGAAUGUGAUGACUUGAAAACUGAAAGCCUUAAGGAGAAAAUGGCUAGAUGUAUUUUUCUGCCAAAGAUAAACAUUGCUGUUUUUAAGAAACAUAUUUUUCAGAGUUAAUGGGAAGCAUCUAUACACCAAAGCCAGUACAUUGUCUCUUUAAUAUAUUUGAAGACUGGGGUGCAUUCCUUUAAAUUUCAUAAACCUGCAAAGUAUUUUCACUGAUAUGAAAGUUUAUUUCAUAAAUAGAAAUAUAAUUUAAAUCAGGGGAACACUAUAGUCACCAGAACCACUACAACUUAAUGUAAUGGUUUUAGUGUGUAUACUCUGUCCCUGUAGACUUUUCAAUGUAAAAGCUGUCUUUUACAUUGAAGUGGCUAUCACUAAGAUGGCCACUAAAAUGUCUAUCUUAAUCCACAAUGUGCAGCACCUACAUUUAGCUGAACGUUACUCACACGCGCUCACUCUCACUGACUGUUUUGAAACACUAAUAUUUGUGUUCAGCGAAGUCUCCUGAGUAUAACCGUACUCAUGUACAGGUUUUAUGGUGUUUUCAAAAGGUAGAGAGUCAAAUAUAAGGCUUGUUUCAGUUUUUUCACAUUGAAAUUUGCCAGAUUGGUUACAUUGCCUUUGUGACGUAUGGUAGCCCAGGAAUGAGAAUUACCCCCAUGAUGGCAUACCAUUUGCAAAAGUAGACAAACCAAAGUAUUGCAGAUGGGGUAUGGACAGUCUUUUUUUAGUAGCCACACACUGGCCCGAAUUAGCGUUCAGAUUGUAUUUUUGCCUUUUUCACACAAAUAUGAACGCUAACUUUGGCCAGUGUUUGUGACCAAGUGGCUACUAAAAAGACUGGACAUACUCAAUUUUCAAUACUUUGGGUUGUCUACUAUUGCAAAUGGUAUGCCAUCAUGGGGGUAACUCUCAUUCCUGGGCUACCAUACAGUCUCAAAGGCAACGUAACCAAUCUGACUAAUUUCAAUGGGAAAUAACUGAAAAAUGUAACAUGCUAUAUUUGACCUUUUAACUUUCCAAAAACACAAUAAAACAUGUACAUAGGGGGUACUGUUUUACACGUGAGACAUCGCUGAAUACAGAUGUGCAUUUUAUUGCCGUAAAAGCUUAACAGUAUUGUGACAUUCAGUUAAUGUCAUGCAGAACUAAAAAAAAAAAUUCUUAAUUUCUCACUUUUUAUAUUCAUAUCUAAUUGUUUCAUAUCUAAAUAUUUGAUGUGAAUUGAAAGCCCUAUUUCUCCUGAAUAAAAUUAUAUAAGUGAGGGUGCACUAUGGUUGAAGAGACCUAUAGUCAAAUUCAAAUUUUGAUCAAAACCUGUAAAUUUGGCUUAGUCCUUAAGGGGUUAAGAUGAAGACCUUUUUAUGCAGAUAAUUAUCAAUAGACUAUUAAAUGUAAUCUUAGACUGUAAACUAAAGAACUUUCUAACAGUACUUUUUAUUUUAGCUCGACUUCCCUUCAAGCGCUUAAAUCCUGCUCCCAAAGAAAAGGAUGAAUUAUUAGAAGGAAAGAAAGUAAAGAUAACACAAAAGGAUUCCCCUCCAACCAGCCUGCAUCUGUGUGACACCUCUAUGGAAGACUUGGAGAAUAACUGUGAUGCAGAGACAGAGGCAGUGCAUCAGUUCCCAAAAGCUAUUAAUGGCAAGGGGCCUCUGGACAACUAUCUUAAAAAAACUUUAAAAGUAAGCCUGGUGCAAUGCCCCAUAACAAUUGACCUAACAGAUGACUCAAACAGUGGUGUUAAUGAGCAGAGCUGUAUAGUUGAGGAGUCCAGAACACUGCUAGCAAAUGGAACUACUCCACAAAACAACCCAUCCAGCCCAACUCCAUCCACACAGACUGAGAAAUGCAAUGUUUCUGUGAAUGCUCUGGAGCAAGGGGAAAGUACUGAACUACCAGGCACUCUUACUGUUUUAUCACCACCUGUAAAUCUACAGGAAUUACCUGAUUCCCAAUAUAUUAAAAUGGUAUCUCCUGAUAAAGAUGCAACAAAUCUGUGCUCAAAAAGUUUAUUAAAAGAGGUUAGUGACUCAUCUGAAGAGGACGACUCGCCAAUUCCUUCUUCCAACUGUUCGCCUGUUUCGGCCAGCUCGUCAGAAACACAAGCUAGUCCUCAAGAAAAGAAUCUCAGCCCAAGAGAACUCAAGUCUCCUUCUCAUGAAGUAAGUUGAAAUGUACAAAUUUAUUCAAAGUGUCGGUUUCGCUAAAUGUUCAGAAUGGCAUCAUAUCACGAAUUAUGUGUCAGAUUUAUAUUAAUGUCCAGGGCUCAAUCCAGAAAAACUCAUUAUAAUUUCGCCUCCAACUUGUAAUUUUAUUGUAUUGAAGAGGUACUGCAUUUUAAACAGAUGGUCAAUAUGAUGAGAAGGCUUCCAUUUUUAGCUCAAGACAUACUGUGAAUUGGCAGUAAAACAAUAAUCCUAAAUAGGCACAUCAAGAAUAGUAACAGACAAUAUCUAAACAUACUACAUUUUAAACAGUUGGUGAGCUCAGUAAAGUAAAGGCUUUCUUUCAAGCUCAACUUAAGCAACCCUCAUACCGUGUCUUAGUAUAAUGCUUCCAAAGCUAAAUGAAAUGCUUAUUUUUGGGAAGGGGUAGGUACCCCUGUAGAAGCGGCCAACCUAGAAAACAGAAAUAAAAGAUUGACAGUAGAUAUAAACUAAUUGGCAAUGGCAAAUACAUAUAGGUCCGGUAAUGUUGGUGAUUUUUCAUCAAAGCAAAUGCUGGUUUUGUUCCCGCUGGGUAGAAAGGGUCGAUGGUAAGAAGGUAAGAUCUAAAGCUGCUACAAAGGUGUUGGCUUCUGUAGGGUCACUAAGCUUCAGUUGAUUUACAUUAGGCAGGACACAUAGUCUUCAUCCAGGGCACAGACUUGAAAAUUCUUGAUCCUCAAAUAUUGUUACCAAUGGAAGUCCUCAAUUUGGGCUAGUUUUGUCUCCUGUAGUUGUUGCUUCUUCUGCAAUUGUGUGAAUGCAUUAGCCAUAUCUUGUUUACUGCCAUCGUUAGACCUCUUCUACUUGUAUUCAGUCUCUUGGUGUAGCCAUAUCCUUUCACUACAGAGGUAGCAGCAAAAAUAGAAAUACUUUAUACUGGACAACAGGGUUUUUAUAUUUGCUUUGCUUGAUGGUAGGUGGUCAGUCUCCAUAUGGGAGCCCAUGCCUGGUUUGUUUGAAGCCAUUGCUUACUUACGGAGCCAUUGCUUGCAUAUGUCUGGAGCUUGUAGUCUCACUUGCAGCCUUUUCACAUAGCGAGGCUUCAGUAUCUUUGGAGUCCAAGUCUCGAUGCUCCUAGGGUAGUUUGAGGCUGCUGUAUUUCAAGGUUGUAACACUACGGAUUGACAAUACUUCUCUGGAUCGUCACUCUAGAUCACACAACUGACCAAGGAGACUAAGGGUGGUUCAUUCUCGGACACCAUCUGAUGUUGGGGGCUUUGAUGAAGGUGCUAUUUCAUGCCAUUUUUAAGCAACUCCCCGCGGUCGCCCUGGGGUUGGAUAUAAUAUGUGCGGUUUAAGUCUUGGCACCAGGUAUUAAUCAGUUCUCUACGUAGCACUGCAAAAUUAGUCUUCACUGCUUGACCGCCUUCUCCGCACCCCUCCUACAGCUGCUAUUUUUAUGAAUUGGUAAAGUGCCAUAUUCAGUGCUGUACCCAGCUGUCGUAGGUUUGUGUAGGGCGGGAGGGGGAGAGAGUGUAGGGGCAUCUAUAUGAAAAGCAUUUUGAGGUAGUUAGCUGUGAAAAGAGAAGGGAGAGGAACAUUAAGGGAAAUGUUCCCUGCAUCCACUACACACUGCAUUUACUAAUCAAAUACUCUUUAGCCACUACACACACAAAUAUUCUUGAAAACAUUAAAAAAAAAAAAUCUGACUUGCAUGUAUAUUUUGUUUUUACCACUUAAUAAAAAAUGUAGAAAAUAAAAAUACAGUAUCGGUACCUGCUCUAAAAAAAUAAUGUCGAUCCCUAUUUCCUUGUACACACUACCAUGAUGAGCCUCCAAGCUAAAUUGUGAUUUGGGGCAGGAUAUAGAUCAAUUGAAGGCACCAUUUGGAGAACAUUUGAUAAACCACCAAAUUUUGUAGAUUACAAAGUUCUGGCAAGAUUUCCCUGCAAAACUGUAUAGCAUGGGUAAUUUUCCACUUAUGUUGGAGAAAUUGCGGUUCCAAGUGUACAAUUUAGACGGCAGUGUCCUAGAGUGUGCACUUCAUGGGAUAAUAUUAAAGAAGUAGUUGGUCAGGUUUUCCCUAAACCAGUGGUUUCCAAACCAGUCUUCAAGGCACUCCUACCUGUCAAGGAUUUAGAGUUUAUGCAGUGUCUCUAAAGUCUUUGGGUUUUUUUAGAAAAGAAAAUGUAAACAAAACUGGGUGAUCCCUAAAUUCUAGAUUGGUAGGGUGCCUUUGGGAACCAUUGACCUAUAUGCCUGGACAUUUCCCUGGCCACUUGAUGCCUCUAAGGAUCACUCUACACCCAAAACCACUUCAGCUUUUGAAUCUUAUAUUUAUUUUACAGAAAGUUACAUCUUAUGACCACCCAGGCGAGAAUAAAAUUUACAAUAGAGCAGUUGACUGUAAAGAUUGAAGAGUAUCUAAUUUUAAAGGGACACUUUAGGCACCCAGACCACUUCAGCUCAUUGAAGUGGUCUGGGUGCUGUAUCCCUUUUGCACCUAGUGCUGCAAUGUAAAACAUUGCAGUUCCAGAGAAACUGCAAUGUUUACAUUGCAGCUCUAAGUCUGCCCUCUAUGGCUGUCUACCAGACAGCCACUAGAAGGCUUCCUGAAUCUUAACGUAGUUGUCUCCCCCAUUCCUCCUCACAUCAGACUAACGUUGGAGAAGGGAAAUUCAGAAGCUUCUGGUUAUUUCUCCAUGAAGAAACUGAAUGUCUCUUCUGGGAUAGGAGGAGAGGGAUAACAAAGGCUACUACAUUCAUAAGUGCUGCACCCUUUGUAAGCUUUUUAGCUACAUUGAUCAGCUGCAACAUUAAAAACUGACAGGUGACGUGAAUAACAUUGAUUGUAUCAUUACAAUGUCACCUGUCAAAAGGUGGGUUUUAUUGGGCAGCAAGUGAAGUCUGUAAUUGAAUUUUGGAAGCAGGAAAAAUGGGCAAACUACUAGAUCUGAGUGACUUUGACAAGGGCCAAAUAGUGAUGGCUAGGCGACUAGUCUUGUGGGGUUUUCCUGGUAUACAGUGGUUAGUGCCUACUAAAAGUUGUGAAUGGAAGAACCACCAGUGAACCUCUGAUGCACGCGGGGAGCGAGUGCCAAUGGUCUGGUCCGAUCACAUAUCAGAACUACUGUAGCUUAAAUUGCUAAAAUACUUAAUGCUGGCCAUGAUAGAAAGGUGUCAGGACACACAAUGCAUCUGUUUGCUGCGUAGCUGCAGACCGGUCAAAGUGUCUGUGAUGAUCCGUGUCAACCCCCAAAAGCUGCUUCAGUGGGGAUGUUACAUCAUGCAAUGGAAGGUGGUUACCUGAUCUUAAUCACGUUUUCUUUUAGAUCAGGUGUGUCAUUUAUCCAGGGGAAGAGAUGGCAGCAGGAUGCACAAUAAGUGGAAGGUAGGCAGGCAGAGGCAGUGUUGUGCUCUGGGCAAUGUUUUUCAGGGAAACCUUGGGUCUUGGAAUCAAUGUGUGUUGCUUUGAUACAUACUACCUACCUUGAUUGUUGCAGACUGUUAACCCCUUCAUGCCUGUGGCAAACUCCCCUUUUUAACAGAGUUUGCUGUUUUGUGUCUGCUGUUCCAGCUUGCAGGGGAUUCAACGGGGAAAGUCCUUGUAAGGACUAGAGCUAAUUCCCCAUUCGGCUCCAGGAAGGAGCGGUUUCAGGGCCCCAGUCAAGCCACUGCGACCGGGCAGAAGUGCUGCGGUUUGUCCCCUGUUCCAGUUAGGAAGCGGUCCUUGGCAGAGGUACCCAGCCAGGGGUACAGGGAUCUCCGCUACAAUGCCAAUGGUGUUCCCUGGUGGCAAUGGCAUAUUAUGAGGAUAACGCACACUUCAAAAGUUGUUCAGGAAUAAUUUGUGGAACAUGACAAAGCGGUCAAGGUGUUUCCAUGGCUUCCAAAUUCCCCAGAUCUCAAUCCAGUUGAGCAUCUGUGGAGUGUGCAGGAACAAAUCUGAUCCACGAGGGCCUCACCUUGAAAUUUGCAGGACUCAGAAAAUGCUGCUUCUAUCUUGAUGACUAAUACCACACUACACGUUCAGAGGUCUUGGGGUGUCCAUGCUUUGAUACAACUGAGCUGUUUUGGCAGAACGAGGGAGACUUACACGAUAUUAGGCAGGUGGUUUUAAUGUGACUGGUCAUUGUAUAUCCCAAAGGCAACGUGCAGCAAAAAAUUGAAGUUUUCAUUGGUGGUAUAUCUGCUAGAUAUUCUCCUCUCCCAGUUUUUUGACAGUGAGGAAAACGGUCAAAAAUUUGCUGAGCAGUUUUAGCAGAGGCACAUGACAACACAAAUGAUCUGCCAUUGUUAACCAAAUCCUACCAUAUUUCCAAACAAGUGAUCUCUAGAUUGAUUUUAUUACCUUGCAUAAAAUACUAUUUGAGGUUCUUGGGGGUCCAUCACCCUCUGAGUUUCCUUUCUUUUAGGCAACUUCCAUGUUUUGUUUUUGUAGGAUUUCCUUUAAAAAAAAGUAUUUUCUUACUCUUAUAAAUAAGGCUUAGUGGGUGUUUUUUUUUCUUCCUUUGUAUUCUAAUUCCUGCUGAAAUAUUAAAUAUAUUUUAUACAAAAUGAAACUCCACAACAAAGCCAUUGUCUCUAGAGCAGGCGUUCAGACCCAAGCUGCAAGAGAAGCUUUAGCAGGGCUCAAGAUUUGUGAGUGGGCAUGCAGUCAUGGUGAGUCUCAUGAGCCUAAUGUGGAAAAAUUUAGUGGAGGGCUAAUACUGGUAUGGAAAUUAGUGUUACUAUUCGCUUGUAGAUAGGUCUAGUGAUAAAACCAAAAUACAGUCAACGCUUUGGAGGUGACAAAUGUUUGUCUGAUAGAUUUGUUAUUCAAAUUUUUUUUAUGUAGAGGCCAUUAUUUUACCUUGGAAUAAUGAAUGUGGGCCUCGUACAAUCUCAGAUUUUUCUGUGAUUUCUGGUCCAAUGGGGUUCUUCUCACCUUCGUUGCAUGACCUAAAGUUGCUGUACUCUUCUGAUCUCAAGCUUCUACAGAGGCAUUGAAUCCAGUGCGUUUCUAGGAGUAGGCAAAGUUUGGCAUCACCAUGCUUUGUGUCAUGCCAAAUGUGAAGACUUUAGAAAAUGCUAUUGUAGAAGAAAUGUGGAGAAUAUUUUAGUUGGGAUUGUUGCAUAAAAGUUUAAUGUAUUUUUUUUUUUUUUUUUCUCCCCCCACCCUAACAGGUCAUCAUGCAGAAAGGAACCACAGAAAAGAAGAUUAAAGUAAGUUCGAAACAUGGUGGCAUGUUUGAAGGAAAGUUUCCAUAAGUGAUUUACUUGAAGGUGUCUUGAAAAACUAUUAAAGGGGUCACUCUAGAAACUAUAACCUCUACAGAGAAUUGUUAGAGGGCCAUCCCUCAGUUUAAGGACUUGCUUUCAUUGCAGCCUGUGAAAUGAGUUUACGUUUUGAUGCUUCAAGAAGUACACUUUUAAUUUGGCAAAACUCUACUUGAGGGAGAAAAGUGUAUUCUGUUUGGCAGUUUCCAAAGCCGCCUUAGCUAUUUGACCAGUAGGUGUGGAACACUGGCAGAGGCAACGAGGCAAUUGCCUCCAGGUCAUUCUCUAGUGAGCACAGAGCAUUGCCGCGGUUACCACGGCAACGCUCCGCUUUUCACGAGAGUGAACUCUAGCCUCAGGAUCUGCAGGCUAGAGUUCACUCUCACCACUUGGACCACCAGGGAUUGCAGGAAAUCAGCAAAGAUAAGGGGGAGGGGAUAAAAAUUAAUUUUAAUUUUAAAGAAAUUCUAUAUUUAUCUGCCCCUUAAUACACACACACGUGCGCGCUGCCCCUCAAUGCGCGCGCGCUGCCCCUACCCACCCCCCGAUACACACUGUCACUAUUCCCUGGAAGGGCACCAUAACCACCACAGAGCGGUAGUGGUUAUACCGAGAUUAGGUUCUGGAUCCGCCCCUAGUGGGAAUAACUGGAUCAAAAUGGUGUGUGAUGUUUUUUUUGUUGUUGGUUUUUUGGUUUUUUUUUGUGUUUUUUUGUGAUGCAACGCCGUGGCAUAUCCUAAGCUCCUACAGGAUUUUGAUAUCUGACAAUGCUGUUUACUAAAGUUCCCAUUGAAGACAUUUUAGGCUUACUUGUCCUUCCAUUUGAUAUAUUUGAAAUAUUCUGUAUUCAUUAUAGGACAAAGAGCAACCCGAGAGGAAACUGAAACUGCAGGCAGAGCGUAAAGAGCGAGAACGGGCAAGAGAGGAAGCAAAGGCUGCCAAGGAACGAGUCAAAGAGGAGGCAAAAAAGAAGAGAGAUGAAGAGCGAGAGCAAAAGGAAAAAGAGAAGAGAGAAAAGAAGGAGAGGGAGGACAAGGAAAAGGCAGAGAAACUGCGAAUAAAGGAGGAAAAGAAAAAGGAAAAACUUGAAGCUCUUGAGUGAGUCUUUGAAAAAUGAUGGUAGUGUGGUGUUGGGGGGGGAGAAGAGGGGUGUGCAACGUAUUGUUGGGUAUAUAAAUGCCUAAACUGUUACAGCAACAGUGUGUGAUAUAGAUAUAUUUAAUAUAAAGAAAAUAUUGGUGAACUUGCAGCAAUGUCUACCUUAGGUUUCAAACUCUAUCCUGCCAGUUCUUAAAAUAUCCCAAAUAAGUGUAAAUAUUCUGAUUACCUGACCCAGCUCAGGUUUUGGUUACUGCUGGAUGAGGUGGCAAUGCACCUUAAGUUGAAAUCUACAGGAUGUUUUUCCUUUUUACUCACUGUCAAGUAUUUCGGUAGUGCAUGUGUAAGUAUUUACUAUAGAUGGACUUUCCCUCUCUCCCCCAAUGUAUUCUCAUUUCUUGAUGCUGAUAGAGUUGCUCUAUUUUAGUUAUGUAGGUGUUCAAAUAUGUGCCAUAUCUACAUGAGUGACUUGUGACAAUACAUAGUGUUGGUCAUUUUGCUUACUCUGUACAGGGCUAAGCAAGAAGAGAAACGGAAAAAAGAGGAAGAGAAACGAGUGAAAGAGGAGGAAAAGGUAGUUUCUUAUUUACAGAAUGAAUCAGAUAUUUGUUAAUCCUGUUUAGUGGUUAUGGUACUUGGAGUGUACAUGUAAAGUCUUAGAGAAUCUACCUAGCUUGUGUUGAAUGGUUUAAAGCAUUUUGACAAAAAAAACUGCUCUCCUAAUAUCUAAAUCUUCAUUCUGCUACAGGCUAUCUAAUGCAAAAGUGAAUGUCCAUAUUGGCUGUUUUGGCUAACAUUUGACCAGCCAUAGUAUGUGGUAUUUGCAGUCAAGUUUUGAAGUUCACUUUUGCUUAAUAAUCUACAGCAGAGGGUGUGUGAGCUUUAGGUAGAGGAAGAAGCCUCAUUUCCACUUCAUGCGCUUUUAUUUUUUUGUAUAUGUGUGUAUGUAUAUAUGUGUAUUUUUUUUUUUGUUUUUUUACACAACCAGAGGACAUGGCAACAAUAUAUCAUUUGCACUGUUACCAUUACGGUGAGCUCAAUUUGAUUUAUGAUCUGCAAAGUUAUUUUAGAUAUGUGCAUUUCUGCUUUGUUGCUAGUUUAUUGUAUAGCUGUGGCCUUGUUUUAAGUUUUUUUUUUUUAUGGAACAAAUACAAGACUACUCUAACGUUUAUUUUACAGCGAAUGAAGGCAGAGAAGGCAGAAAUUAGACGUUUUUUUCACAAACCCAAAAUUCAGCACACUCCUAAGGUAAAAAUACAAGUUGCAUUUCAUUAAAUUAUUUUGGAUAUAUCUAAUGAAAUAGAGGGGAGGUUGAGUGGAAUGGUGUAGUACAUAAAUUGGACCUGCCAACAAAACCAUAAAUCUGAUGUUGCCUAUAGUGUCCUUGCACUUUCCCAGUUUAAUGUCAAAACCAGUGCUAUUCCAUACAUGGAGGUAUUUCCUUAUCUUGAAUGAUCUACUAAAAACUUUCAGGCAUUCACGUGUUCUCCUUCUGUCUGUUUAGUAGGGAUCGACCGAUUAUCGGUUUUACCGAUAUAAUCGUCCGAUAUUCGGUAUUUUCGGCAAUAUCGGUAUCGGCCAAUUCAGAUACCGAUAUUGCCGAUAAUACCUCCUAGGACCGCCAGGCUGGAGGAGCUGCUGGGAGGUGAGUAAGCGCUUGCUCCCCCAAAGCUCAGCCAAUGCCACUGGACCACCAGGGAUUGCUAUAUCCCCCCUCCCUGGCCAGGCAACAAGCAGGGAGGGGGGACAACAAAAAAAAAUUAAAUCUAAAAAAUAAUAAUUUAAUAAAAAAAAUGCCCCCUCACACACACUCCAUUAUAUACACAUACACUACACAAACACACUGUGUAUAUAAUGCAGUGUGUGUGUAUAGUGUGUAUACAAUGCACACAAAUACACACUGCAUUAUAUACACACACUAUACAAACACACACUGCAUUAUAUACACACUACACAAACACACUGUAUAUAAUGCAGUGUGUUUGUGUAGUGUGUGUAUAUAAUGCUGUGUGUGUGUAUAAUGCAGUGUGUUUGUAUAGUGUGUAUACAAUGCACACAAAUACACACUGCAUUAUAUACACACACUAUACAAACACACUGCAUUAUAUACACACUACACACACUGUAUUAUAUACACACCACACAAACACACUGUAUAUAAUGCAGUGUGUUUGUGUAGUGUGUUUAUAUAAUGCAGUGUGUUUGUGUAGCGUGUUUAUAUAAUGCAGUGUGUUUGUGUAGUGUGUUUAUAUAAUGCAGUGUGUUUGUGUAGUGUUUAUAUAAUGCAGUGUGUUUGUGUAAUGCAGUGUUUGCAUAGUUUGUGUAUAUAAUGCAGUGUGUUUGUGUAGUGUGUUUAUAUAAUGCACACUACACAAACACACUGCAUUAUAUACACACAGUAUACAAACACACUACAUUCACUAUACACACACUACACAAAUACACACACACUUUGCAUUUACUUUAUGCACACUACCCACACACUACACAAACACUCUGCUUUCAUUAUAUACACACUACACUAAUACACACUGCAUCCACUACACACACUCGACAAAUACACACUGCAUCCACUACACAAACACACAUUGCAUCCUCAACACACACUACACAAACACACAAUGCAUCCACUACACAAACACACGCUGCAUCCACUACACACACUACACAAACACACACAGCUCCCCUGUCUAAACACACUGCAUCCACUACAUGUGGCAUGUAUAUUUUGUGCAUUUACCUUUAGAAAUAUUUUUUAUUUUCCAAAAUGGUAAAUGUACAGAAUAUCGGCUAUCGGCCUGAAAGUUCACAGAAUAUCGUUAUCGGUAUCGGCGCUAAAAAAUCAAUAUCGGUCGAUCCCUACUGUUUAGCUUUAUUUAUUACUAGUUAUUUUAAUAGGGGAAAAAAAACCUCUUGAUUAAAACGUACCUUUAAUCCAGAAACAGGCCAGGUCCUCUGUUUCCAUGCCCCAUCCGUCAUCUGCGGUCCAAUCAACUGCUUAACAUAAAGAAACCUUUGAUUGGGCCGUUUCACCGUCUCAGAGCGUGUAUGUGGAGAAAAGGGAGGGCUUUUUACUACAUAUAAAAGUAAAUGUGGAAAAUGAAGGGAAGGAUGAGACGCUGAAGCUUCUCCUUGCAAGCUCAUUAUAUCUGUCACCAGCACAUAGUGCACACUGACAGAUAAAUAUUGUAUAAAAUUGAUCAGCUCUACGGAAUUUGCUGGUGCUAUAUAAAAAAAAAAAAUACAAAAUGGAGAAAUAAAGUAAACAGAGUGCAGGUCAGGAGUCCGGAUACAAGUCAGGGGCUUGUGAGCUGCACCACUGUAACCACCUAAUAGGGAGCUCCAAUAAGGGGGUUACCCUUCGAAAUAUGCUGGAAAUUGGUGAAUGUGAUGUAUAGAAUACCACAAGGGGAAACUAACAUCAGGAGACCUCCACUGGUAUCAGAAAUGAAGUGUGGGGGGGGGAGUGGAGGGAUUUGUUUGCAUAACCCUUUUAUCAUUGGAUGGAUUAAAGCUUCCUCAUUUCUUAUACCAGUGGAGCUCUCCUGAUGUUGGUUUUCCCUUGUGGGAUAUACAUCACUUUCUCCUAUUUCAUAAUUAAUAAAAUAAAAUGCUAAUUUCUCUGUAUGAACAGCGUUUCAAGAAGAAACACUGCAUAUUCCAACUUCUAUCACUAUGACCAAUAAAAGCGGAAGCGGUCGUGGUAGUUUGAGUAAUUGUUUAAGGCAACUGUCAAACUUUAGAUCUGAAGCAAAACCUAGUAUUUGUACUUUGUACCAUUUGCAAUAAUUUGUUCUCUCACUCAGUUAUAUCUUAGUUGAAGGACACUUUGUGCUUUGUCUUGCUAUGUUGCAUGUAUACAUAGUAUCUAUUAAAUGGGAAGUGAAGGAAAACUUUCAGUUUUAUGAACGAUUGUUUACACAUGAAGUUCAACUAAAGAAAGCUCUGUAUAUUAACAAUGUCCUGACUGUUAAAUACCUCAUAUGGCUAGCAUUUCAGUUAAAAAGAUGGGGGUGCAAAUAAAACCACAUUUGUAGACUUAAUUUUUUUUUACUGCAAAUUUCCGACCAUUUAAAUCCCAAUAAUUUAAUAACCCCAUGCUUGCAUUCUGCUACUGAUUCAGAGUACAAUUCUUCAAUGUAUUACUUUGCCAGGUUUUGUAGGCACUUUAGGGGUUAAAAAUGGCUCACUUAAGGGUUCUAGGUGUUGCCAUUCUGACCUGCAUCACUCUUUAAUGUGGGCUGGCAAGGGCUAGAACUAGAGUCAAUCUCCUCUAGCCUUCCCUCUGUAGAGGGAUUCUGUUUCACAGAGCACUUUGUGUGAAUACAUGAGGGAGAUCUUACUCAUGGUGCAGAUUCAUUAUUUCACUCACGGUGAUUGGUGCUGGGCAGCAUGCACAAUUUAGCGCUGAGGUCUAUUGGCAGGGAAACCCAGUGGGGUUGUUUUGGCUCCUUGACCCCCAGCCACUGUGGUUUUAAAGGCCUGUGUGCAGUUAUCACUUGGAGCGAAGCACAUGACUCACUGGGUUAGUGUUAGGCCAUUAAAUAUGGCCCUAGGUAUCGAUUGUUACAGAUAUCUCAAGUGUGGGCAGGAAUUUAACUCUGAAAACGACAGGACGUUUAUAGCACACUAUCUCUGUUGGAAUGAAACUUACUAUGAACUGUGAAGGGUUUUGGUUUUACUAAAGUUCUGUUUAGAUUCUAAAGUAAAUAUAAACUUUGUAUGUUCCAAAACAGUGUUUUUCAUUUGCAAGUUCCUUCAUGGUUGUAUUUGACCUGAGUAGGACGCUUAUGGCUCCUUUAGUGUCCCCACUACAUCUGACUCCACUUCUUCUAAACCUUUAGGUCAGAAAUGCAAAUUCAGCAAUCUUUUAUGAAUUUUAUUCAAUCCACUAAAUUGGUUUUUGGCUUUAUUUAAAACAAAAAGUUUAUAUUUAUAACUCUUGAAGAUCUGGUAUUGUUUCCUCUCUCCACAAUCUUAGACUUUUGCCAGUUCUUGUGGAAAGUUUGCCCCUUUUGAAAUUAAGAAGAACAUGGCUGUGGCCCCACUGUGCCGAGUUGCGUUUGAGUCAGAAGCCUCUGAGCAGCUGGACAAGUUUCUUCAGGAUCAAAACUCCAAGUUGUCCUUCUUGUCAGAAAUAAAGACGCGGAAGCCAAGAAGAAUGGGGCGGACUUUGGUGCCACAGGUGUCAGUCCUGAGCAGGUGUGACAUUAAAUCUCCACCAAGAAUUGUAUUUGUACUGAUGUGCCCUAUGCAAGGUUACCUUUCCCUUAACACCUUAAGGACGGCAGGGGUUCUAUGCCAUCAUUAUUUGGGUGGUCCUAAACGCCGGCGGCAUAUAAUGUCCCUGCCGUCCAGGGGACUUACCCGGUCCCUGCCGAUCCCACAGCGGCGGUCACAAUCCGGGGGGCUGUCUGGGAGCUCAAGCAGCACCAUUCUGCAUGAUCCAGCCCUCCAGGGCCAUGUGAUCGCGGGGUCCUUGCUAUCUAAUGGCCGGAAUAGCCGGCUCAUUCAGUGCCUGCCUGAGCUCUCAGGCUGUCCCCCUGCUGCCUGUAAAGUUUUAAAAGUUAAGUUUAAAAAAAGUUUAAAGUAAGGUAGUUAGAUCAUACUUAUUUAUAUGUGUGUGUAUAUGAUUUAAGUACUUUUAUAUGCACAUACACACAAACUAUUCUAAGUGUAUUUUAAUUAUAUAUAAUUUUAUAUAUGUUAAAAUACACUUACAAUGACGUUAAAUAUGACAACGCAGGUAGAAAGUCCAGAGAAUAUAGUUCGCACGCCCUAAAUUUUUACCCUGUAACUUUCCAAGACACCGUAAAACCUGUACAUAGGGGUACUGUUUUACUCUGGAGAAUUUGCUGAACACAGGUUUUAUGGUUUUGAAACACAAAUUUAUCACAACAAUGUUAUCUGUGAAAGUGCUGUUUUUUGUUUUUGCAUUUUUCACACAAACUGCACUUUCACACUAUAGAAUUGUUGUCACAACUUGUACAACUGGCUCAGUCCUUAAGGAGUUAACACAUAAACCAGUUAGUGCAUUUGUCUACUUUUACGGUUAAGUGUGAAUUCAGGGUAAUUCAAAGUGAAUUAAAAUUAUAAUUCAAAAAAGCCAAUCUGAAAAAGCUCAGUCAGCUAUUUUGACCUUAAAUUUAUUAAAGUUCUCUUUGAAUUAACACUUUAGUGAAUAACACUGUUUGUGUGGGUAUAUUUGUUUAACUUCAUAGUUCUCAGCAUUUUGUUUUCAAAUUCACUUUCUAAACCUACCUUUACUAUAAGGAAAGGAGAGAGACUGGGUUGAAGGUUACUCUGGGAGGCCCUUUUUGAAGCUAUGUGCAUCAAAUAGCCCAGUGAUGUGGAGUAUGCUACCACGAAACUAUAAAAUGUAGUAAUUAACAGCAUAUAUAAAUAUGGGGACAUGUUGUAUCAGAUCAUAACCUGUAUUUAAAAUUAAUGAAUCAUGGCAGAACCUCCAGGAAAUGUCCUGGCAUUGAUUAGACUAGCUGCAAAAUUUAGGCAACUCCACUUUUGAAGCUUGUAAAAGAGCUGCUAAAUUUAUGCUGUUAACAAGGGUACAUAUGAAUACAAACCAUGAGUCUUUACGUCUUUAAAAAAAGAAAAAUGUUUUAUUUGCCCUUUGAAAAAAAACGGCUGCAAAGGUAGAACCUCAGAUUCCAAUAUGCUAAUAGAAACUGAUAAAACUUAAAGGUAAUCAAACCUAAACAAAAUGUUAUCACACCAGAAAAAAAGUUGAAGGCAAACUUUAACGGUUUUCAGAAUUACAGGAUAAUUUCACAACAAAACAUUAAAGAAACAGUAGUGUCAGGACUACAAACAUGUAAGUCAUUAUGCUGUAGUUCUAAUUUAGUUGUAGAUAUAGUUCUAGUGCAGUUUAGGUCCUUGUCCUUGUUCCUGUUUAUAUAAAGCUGCACGUGACUUGUGGCUGGCUCUGCUCCCCGCUCCGUCUCCCCAUAGGAAAUCAUUGGAAGACUGUUGGGCAUGCGCAGCCAUUUGCAUGGCCUCGCCAAUCGGCAUCUCCUCAUAGAUGCAUUGAAUCACUACAUCUCUGAGGAGCGUUCGUCUCCAUGCAGUGCGUAGAGACACUGAACCUCAAAUUUGUGGUUUGUCUGUGUGCCGGACAUUCACUCUGGUGCCAACUCACAUUUGGUCUCUUCUUGGUGCUGUCCAUGGGGUUAGAUUUGUGGAAAAUCCCACUCAUAUCAGACCUCUGUAAAGGCUCAUAUUGCACACUGUUAUCACUCUUGUAUAGCCAUGCUUUAAUGUAUUACUCCACCUGAGACUUCAGGUUAUUUACACGGCUCCUCUGCUACUCCCUCAUCCAAGGAAACUGGUAACUCUUUGUUUUGUUUGGAACAGAAUUCUGUGGUGGUGUAAGAUUAUUUUCCUUGCUGGGUGGGAACAUUGUAAGACUUGUCUGUCCAUGUCUCCUUUUUAUGCCUGGCUACUAGCAUAGGCCUUAAAAUAAUUGUGCUCUGCCACCGUUUGCCCUAGUUUUGUAUUGCUACCCAUUCUCCACGUUCCACCACUUGUGUUUCUCUGCCAAUACCGCACUUUUCCCCAACUUCUCCCAUGCUGUCCAUGUCCCUUUUGUCCCCACUACUAAUCUGUCACUCCCUGCUCCUCCUGCAUUGGUAUUUGAAGCAUGGUCGAGCGUCAUGGGAGCCGGAUAUGCCAGCAGUCAAGCUUUCAGGCCCAGCUAUAAUGUAACUUCCCAACUCUCGAUCAACAAAUAGUCCAAGACCUCUUACAGUUCCACCUGAGCAUGAAUGCUGCUAUUAGAGGACCUCCCAAGUCUGCUCGACCCUAAAUCUGCUUAGAAAACGGCACUUUUGUGCGAUUUUUUUUUAAGGAAUAUCUUGACUGAUCACAAUUGUAUUGGGAUGGUAAUAAACCACACAGCCCUAGUUUUUAACUCAGUUAAAGGUUUUCAAUUUGUUUUUAUAACUUUAACACUAGCCUGCUGUAGUGAUUAGGGUGACAGUGGCAUCCCACUGUAUGUAAUCAAACAAGUUUAAUUAUAGUUUGGCAGCUUGCCCAUUUCCCACAGGCUGUCCGCACCUCUUGGUUCCAGUAUUCUUUUGCAGGAGAGCUAAACAUAUUAUCUUGAAGACCGCAAGCAGGUGCUCCAGUAGUAUGUUUGUCCGGCCUCAAACUGUAAAACUAUACUAAAACUUUUUUUUUUUUUUUUUUUACUAUGGUACCAGAACUGGGACUGUUAUGUUUAAGUUUAAAUCAGUAACUGAUCUCGCCUCUCUUCUUUUGGCAGUGAUAUGAUGGAAAGUGAAGUGGAUGAGGUACAGAUCUUAGAAGAUCCAGAAGUGGUACUUGAUGGGACGUUUAUGCAUGAAUCGCUUGUCAAUCAGAAUCCUGUUCCUGAGAGACGGAAAUUUGGAAGAAUGAAGCUGCUACAGUUCUGUGACAAUUACAGACCUGCUUACUGGGGCACAUGGAACCGUAUGAGUUCUGAAAUAUCUGCACGCAAGCCGCUGGCUCAGGACAAGGUAUGUAUACUGUUGCUAUAUGCAUUCAUGAUUUAUUCUUCGGAAUUAUUGUAAUAGUGAACACAGUCCGUGAUGCCAGAUUAGUUAGCUGACAACCUUUCAAACAAUUGCAGGUCUGGCCUACGUGCAUAUAAUUGUAGAUGAAUAAUUACUCUUUAGUAGUUUAAUGGUGCGCUAUUAAAACCCAAAUGUUUAAAGAUUUCACAUGGCCAAACUCUAGUGAUACUAGAUUUCGUGAAAAUUUGAUAUGAAGUUACUGGGCAUCCAGAUAGCACUUUGUAGAACAGGUUAAACUUGCAGGAUUUAUUUCCUCUCAAAAGUCUGUUUUCCUCUGUGGACUAUCUGUGCCCUGCACCCUUCUCUCCACCCCCCAAGCCCCCUACUUUUUCAAGUAGAAAGUAACACUUUAUUUCAUUAAGAACAUAAAAACACUUUUUUUUUUUUUUUGGCACCAGCCCACUGGUGUGAGAGGGUGACUUAAAGUAGAACAGAAGGUGACACAUAAAAUAAAGCAUUCAGGUUGACAACAUAUGCAAUCAUACAGUGUCUAACAAACAUUAUGACCAAUGAGUUGGGGGUUUGUAUGUAAGAGAAGGAGCUAUCUCGAUGUGGGAAAGCUAUUGGGGGACCCUGGGCUGGGUGGGCUUUAAAUGUGCAUGAGGAUGCUUAUGUAGAACAGAUCGGGGGUCUGUGUGUACAACUUUAGAGUUAGUCACCAGAUUAUUAUUACAGUAACUGUGAGACAUGUGAGAGAGCUACUUACCUGCCAGCUGGCUGCUAUACAGCCCAGGAGGAUAGCAGUUGCUUGUAGCUUGGGAUAGCCGGUAGUGGCCUGAGCUUAUGGAUGCCUCCAUGCUCCACUAGCAUGGGCUAGAGUGCUAACUUUCAUAUCGUGGGGGGGGAGAAUCCGGCCAUGUACCGGUGGAAAACCUGUGCAGGGUACGCUAUGUGUGAGGCUUUGUAAACUGUAGAUUGCAAAAGAAAAGAUAAAGAACUUCUAACCAAAUAUAAAGCGAACAUUUCCCUAACUAGGGAUGAUGUGGGACACAAAAAUAGUCUGGAGUUUCAGGUGGUUAUCGCUGCAUAAGUGCCUAGCCAGGUGCCCUGCGGUAUAAACGGGGGUAAUAUUGGCCGAAUCCCAUCUGCUAGUCGAGGCAUUGUUUUCUGACUCCAGCUCGUGGCAAUGCGUCUUCUGGGAUGCCCAGGGUCUGCAGUAUUGAUUCUGCUUCUUGCAUAUUCUGCACAGUGAAGUGUCCCCUUGCUGGAUUUGUAGCAGAUGUUACGAUCCCGAAGCAGAGUGGUAAAGGGCCUCAUCGCUCUUCUCCAUUGAAGUAUAUGCCCAGUGAGGGCUGUAUUUUCGAAGGAGUAGGGAGAUACUUCCUUGAGUGCCGAUAAUACUGCCGCUUAGUCUGCGCCAUUGUGGAAUUUCACCACCAGGUCUCGAGUCGCCGUGUCAGGUGCCCUUCGGGGUUUAGGCAUGCGAAAGACCCCAUCUGGUAUCACGUUUUUGGUUCUAGUGAGGCAAUUCCUCUGUCGGCACCUCCUCUGGGACAUCUCGUACCUUAAGGUUGUUGCGUCACCUAGCAUUGAGAAGCAUUACUCCGUUAGGUUCUUAAGCACAGCCAUUUCGAUCCAGAGCUCCACUAGGGAUUGAGUUGCAGUCUCCGUAGAUGCCUCCACUUUGCCCAAGUGGCUCACCAUUCCCUUGAGGUCUGUGCGGAGCAGUGCCAUGUCAGCUUGGAUGUUUUUUUUGUUUUUUUUUUGGAGGUCCCCCAGCAUUGCCUUAAGGGUUGCAGCCAUUACAGGUGCUGAGGUCUAUGGGGCUGGCUGUAGGGGUAGCCCUAUAUUGCUGUCAUCCAGGGACAGAUCCUUCGAGGAGUCAGCGAGAUCUGAGUUCGGCGGCCAUCUUGGGCUCCUUGUGCUUGUCAGAAAAGUUCCCCUAUAUUCAUGCCCAACCAGGGCUUAUCAGGCUUCUGCUUCUUUGUCUUUCUGCCCAUGGUAAGUUUGGUGUCUGAAUCAGUGUUUUUCACUCUGUGGUAGCCGAAAUUCGGUAUUAUAUUAGGAUCGCUCACGGAGCUCAGUUUGCAUGGGUCAGUCUCUUUCAGACGCUAGGCUCCAUAGAGAAUCCCUUUGAAAAUUAGGAACUAGUGCAUUGUAUAUUACAAAGCAGAUGGUGCACAGGUUUUCAAUUUAGAGCUUGAUCAUUGCAAAUUGUUUUUUUUAAAAGAACUUAUAUAAUUUUAGAGGAAAUGCAGAUGGACAAGUGUAUGGAAACUCAAAGUAUGAUAUAUGUCCCUUCAACAUACUCCUCGUAUGUCUUUUCAGAAGUUGCUGGAUUAUGAAAUGGACAGUGAUGAAGAGUGGGAAGAGGAAGAACCCGGAGAGUCCUUGUCUCACAGUGAGGGGGUGAGUGACUUUCAUGUCAUUUGAAGAGCUACUUUGAAGUGUUAACCUGUAAUUCCUUUACUCAACUCGACACAUAAUGCAAGCUAAUGUUUUGUUUGGUUUUCUUAUGAAGCCAACUCUAAAAAUUGUUAAAAAUAUGCCCACUGACAAGCUAAAAAGUGUAAACAAAAAUACAUUUCUUUUAACAGGAUGAUGACGAUGAGCCGAAGGAGGACGAGGAAGAUGAUGAUGGAUUCUUCGUUCCUCAUGGUUACUUAUCAGAGGAUGAAGGGGGUGCUUCUGAUGAGGUAAUAUGCAUCUUUUUUCUGCAAGAGUCACAUUUUUGGACUUAUGUGGAAUCUAUUUAACUUUUAUUUUUAUACCUUAAUUACAUUUUGCUUUUGAAGUUUAGAGUAAUUGUAUAUGAUCACACCGUUUUUGGGUAAUUGCAUUCUAGCUGCUUCUGUAACAGUGGGCUUAGGUUUGCUCUAUCCUUAUUGGAUUAAGGAGGGUUUGGGGUAGCAUUAAGGGGUUUAGAAUUAGGGAGAUGGCAAUUCCUCUGUUAUGGUUAAAACCAUCAAAUUGUGACAACCAAACACAGCUUGACAGGUCUUCAACGUCUAGUUGCUACUUUUUUUAUUAUAUAAAUGUUAAUGCCGUGGUUUCUAGGUGCCAAGGAGAACACCAGUUUCUUUCACAGUAUAACUAUCUGGGAAGAGUACUUCUAAGGGCAUAUUGCUUCGUGUAGCUGAAGCAAUAUGUCCAGUUCUGGUGUGUAUAGCAUGUCCUUGCAGACUUUUAAUGUAAGCACUGCAUUUUCAAAGAAAAGGUAUUGUUUUUAUAUUACUGCCAUUAGAGGUGCUUCUUGUCAGUGCUACACAAUGUGCAACACUAACAUUUAGCGUCUCCACACUCUGCAUGGAGAAACUGAACGCUCUUCAUAGAGAUGCAUAUCUGAGGGUAUGCGGAUUGACACUGCCAGGCGUUUGGUGGUAAAUGCGCAACAGCCCCCCAAUGCUUUCCUGUGGAUAAUAUUUAUAUAAUAAAACUUCAAAAGCCCUUUUCUUAAUUUUGAUAUUUAAUUUGUUUAGCAGAUAAUUCUAUUUUUUUAUCCUUAUGUGGGAUUGACAUAUUUAAGGAAACCAAAUUAGGGAGCCAUCUACUAAAUAUACACUGGUAUAUGCAUAUACAGAUAACCAUAGAUAUGCACACAAAGGGACACACAUUUAGUAAUUACGAGGUCCACCCAGCCUCCCUACCUUGCUCUAGAUCAGGGGUUUUCAACGUUAGUCCUCAGGACCCCCUACCAGUCCAGGGUUUAGGGAUUACCUGGGUGUGUCUAAGGUGUUUAGAAAAAGAAAAAAAAACACCUUAGAGUCUAAGGUGUUUUUUCCCCUUUUUCUAAACACCUGAGACACACCCAGGUAAUCCCCAAAUCCUGGACUGGUAGGGGGUCCUGAGGACUGGGUUAAGAACCCCUGCUCUAGAUGGUCUGGAGUGGAUCCUCUCCCUGAAGGCCAGUGGUUACUGCUGUGAUGGGAUUACUGUGCUAUUACUGCACAGGUUCCCUGCGUGGCUAGCAGUGAUGCCAGUGUUGGGAUGACAUAAUAACCCAGCUUUCUGCUCACUGCGGGGCAGGUGCGAGCUGUGCAGAAAGAGCGCAUUAAGUAGUGAACUACAUGCCUCCCUCGCCAGACAGCAACUGGACUGCAUUAGAAGCGGUUCAGGGCGCAUGUGGGCCACUGGUUGUAUACGCCUGUUCUAAACCGAAUUCCUAGCAUAACAAUACUUGACCAAGCAAGUCCACUUUCAAUGACUAGGCUGAAAUUGAGAAUAUUCUGUCAAACACUUAAAUUUAGUGUCUAAAAUCUAAUUUGUGAUUUUACAGGACCGCAGAGAUCCAGAGAACCAAAAGGUGCAACAGCGACUGAAGGCAAAAGAGUGGGACGAGCUGCAGACUAAAGGAAAACGGAUACGUGUACUGCAGCCUGUAGUUGUUGGGUGCAUAUGGCAGGGAAGUAGUGCAGCAGAGAUUAGACGUCUUCUGAGAUUUUCCGUCUGUGUCCUAGAGUCUCCUCCAGCAGAGGAUGACCUGGCACAGGAAAACAGUUGCAGCCGAAAUUCAAAGGAUCGACAAAGUAAGUUUUGUUGGAGUGCGUGUGUUGACUUUCCUUUUUCUUCAGUUCUUCAUUAAAUGUUCUAAUGUUCCUUUCCUAUCUUUCCUUUCCAUGGUCAGUCCUAUCCCAACUGCUUCCUUUGCUUCAUGGAAAUGUCAAUGGCAGUAAAAUAAUCAUCCAUGAGUUCCAGGAGUACUGUCGCCAGGGUCUAUUUUCAGAAGGAGAAACCAGCAGUACAUCAGUUGGAGUGACCUCAAAUUCGAACAGUCCAAACACGGCCCAGCAAACGCCAAACAUUACAGUGCCCUCUAAAGCUUGUUUGAAGCGUUUAAUAUCAGAGAACUCUGUUUAUGAGAAAAGGCCAGACCACCGAAUGUGUUGGUAUGUGCAUUCUGAGGUUCUGAAGACCUUUGAGCAAGAGAAUCUUCCUGUGCCCUGUCAGUGGACUUAUAUCACACAAAACUAUUCAUCACGAGAAGAUUGUGGGGUUUCUGCAGGAUCAGUGCAUUCCACACCUGUAUCCAGCAAGCGAAAGUCUGCAGGCAGCAUGCCAAUAACAAAAUUCAUGAAAAAAGCAAAGGAGACGGUGAGUCACAUAAAAUGCAAAGUAGUCCUCUGCCUUUGCUACUCCCAUCUACUGUUGCCUUGCCAAUCAGGUUCACUGAAAUUUAACUUUGACUUUACAAGAGUCUUAAUUUUAUUCCAGGACUGUGGACCAUUGAUAUGAUACACUAAAGAGCCACAUUCUGCCUUUCGUCUUGUUUCAUAGAUUGUCUUCCAGAAUUUAAUGUUUUAAUUUUAUCUUUCUGUUAACUUUUUUCCAUUUGAAUUAUGAGUCAAAAGUAGUAACUUAUAUCUUCACUACCAGGAACAAGCAUGAUUUGCUGUUAUUGUAGGUUGUUUUCCUCCUAGCUAUCUUUAGCCCUUUGUAAGUUAUUCUGCAUGGUAAGGAUAAGGCUUUUGCACACUGUUCUAUCCUGUGUGCAAAACUUUAUCCUGACUAGGCUUCAGUGGUAUCUUUAAUUAGCACUUAUAAGAAGACAUUUAGAUUUGCCAUGUGAUUGUUAAUUCUGAGGGUUUGUUAAACUUCGACCUAAAUUUUCACCACAGUUUUACUUUUGUAUUUAGUUAGAAAAGUACAGUUGUCUCCAUAUUUCAAGUGUCAAAUUAGCUUAAAGGGACACUACUGUCCAAAUAAAAAUCACUUAGUAGAUAUGCCCCAAAUUAAAGCAUGCAUGCAUUCAAUUAAAGGAUCACUGUAGGGUCAGGAACACAAACAUGUAUUCCUGACCCUAUAGUGUUAAAAGCACCAUCUAGUCCCCCUGUGCCCCUCAUGCCUCCAUAAAUAUAGCAACAUCUUACUGUAUUCAAGCCAGAAGCUGUGGAUCUGCAUGCUGUUUGCCUCAAAAAGUCUGCUGACAUCAUCAGAAGUGGUAGCAUGAUCCAAUCACAAUGCUUCCCCAUAGGAUUGGCUGAGACUGACAAGGAGGCAGAUCAGGGGCAGGGCCAGCAUGAUUCAAACACAGCCCUGGCCAAUCAGCAUCUCCUCAUAGAGAUGAAUUGAAUCAUUGAAUCUCUGAGGAAAGUUCAGUGUCUGCUUGGAGAGGGAGGAGAUACUGAAUGUUGGUAAGGAUUUUAGGCAGCCAUGACCAAGGAAGGAUCUCUAAUAGCUAUCUGAGGAGUGGCCAGUGAAGUUAUCACUAGACUGUAAUGUAAACACACUGCAUUUUCUCUGAAACGAUAGUAUUUACAGCAAAAAGACUGAAGGUAAUGAUUCUACUCACCAGAACAAAUUCAAUAAGCUGUUUUUGUUCUGGUGACUAGUGUCCCUUUAAGCAUUUUUUUUACUGGAUUAUAUCUAAAAUCUGCUUUGAAAAGCUGCAGAUCUCUUGUCUGCAGCUUUUUGUAAGAACUUUCCUUCUUCCCUAGCAAAGUUUCUGUGGCUGUCCAAUCAGACUUUCCAGUGCAGCUCAAUGAGAAGUCUUUGCUAGGCAGGUGAUCUGGACAGUUGCUGCCUCUUGAGUUUAGCUCCACUGAGCUAAACAAACAAGGAAGGUAACCUGUUGUCCAACAGCCAGGGGUGUAACAAGGUACAUUUAUAAAAGUACCAAUUCCUAUUGAAAUGACAGGAGAGCUAUGUUAAUGCCAUGUGUUAUACUACUUUCUGCCGCAGGGAAGGGGGUUUAUUCAGUAAGAAUAGCGUAAUGUAAUAAUGAUGCACCAGGGCUUCUAGCUCUGAAUAUCUGACAUUGUAGUUUUCAGAGCUGCAAUAUGGCCCUGACUAUUGGGUACUCCUCUCCGAUCACUGUGUGAACAUGCUAAACUUACUGUUGAGAGGAACUGAGGAGAGACUCUACGUAUUACACACUUGUAAACCUAUGUUAAGGUUUGAUAUUAAGUUUUUUUUUUUCACAAUAGUUUGCAAUUAACAAAUCAUUGAGGAUUAGGCAUUUGUCUACUACAGAUAUAACCGUUGUCAUGCAAUAUUGCAGUGCUGAUAUAACUGGACUUUGUCACACUGGUACUAAAACUGAUGUGAUUGGUGAAUGAUUACUGCUACUCAGCUAAAACCAGUGUUUGUGAAAAUGUGCUUGUUGCAAAGUAAAUACUCCUUACAACCCAAAAAAAAACUAAUUGGUAAAAAAAAGUGUUAAAUUUCCUAUUUAUAGUGCUCCUCUAAUUGCAAUGAGGUUUAUAAUGUUUCAUCUAAACACUUAUCUUGGUAACAUGCAAGAGCAAUGAAAAAACAGUAACACUGAUAUUUCAGUACUUUAAGAAGACAUAUCUCCUAAACCAAGAAGGUGCAAAAAUCAAAUUCUUAUUAUGAAAAUUUUAAAUUAUAGCAAUUAUACAGUGUCAUGCAGUAAAGGAAAGAUUGGUCAUCUAAACUGUGAUAUUGUGGAAUAUAGUAAUAUGCUAAAUAGUAAAACUAGGCAGUAGUAUUUUAACAAUGAAAAUACAAAUCAAAUGCAAUGGCAAUAUUUUAGUGACCCAUUAUAUUACUUUGUAUUAUGUUAUACAAAGUAUCGUUAAAGGUAUACUCUAGUUCCAGGAAUACAAAGCUUUAUUCCUGGCACCGCCCUCCCCCCUUCAUCCCAGCGCCGCCUCUUCCGACGUCACUGAGGCGGGGACGCUAAUGCGCAGCUAGUGUUGUGUACAUUAGACCUCCCCAUAGGAAAGCAUUGAAUAAAUGCUUUCCUGUAGGAAAAUAGCUGACGCUGGAUGUCCUCUUGCUGAACUUGUCAGUCAGCAGACCAAAAGUCUGUUACCAUUCCGGAAGCGCCUCUAGUGGCUGUGUUAGUGCUGCAAUGUUUACACUAAGUGCAAUAUGAACACUGCACCCAGACCACUUCAAUAAGCUGAAGUGCUCUGGGUAGCUAUAGGGUCCCUUUAAGGGCAACACUAGGCAGCCUCCUGAAAAACCGUAAUCCCACCCCGUUAGCAGCUAUAAUUACUGAGAAUACCAAAGAUUCCCACUUGAACCACAAGCAGGACAGACUUGUUAAGCCUCCUUUUAAAAGUCUACACUGCUUUGUGGUACACUGACUGCUACUGAGGCUAUCCAGCAUUAAAAGCCAACUGAAAGGUGAGCUAAUCUGGCUUCCACAGUGGAGUUUCAGGUUGUCCUAGUGGCGUCUAUUAUACAUGCAUGCCUGAAAAUGCGUUUUUGGCGUGGUGUGGCCCACCCAGGAGACAGCCAAUUGAUGAGCAGACCUUGCUUGCACCGCACAUGGAACGUACACCUGGGGGCAAUGCAUUCUGAAUGAGCCACUGAGCAUGCAUAAACGGAACAAAUAUUCCUGGUGCCAAAUUUUAAUUGCCUAGAAUAUUGAAACAGCUGAAUACAAACCUAUAUUCUUAAUGCGUUAGUGUAGGGUGCCUCUGGCACUAUAACUACAUCAGAAUGAAGUUAUAAUAAUGCCAAGAGGUCCCUGGGACAGGCUUGCCUUUAGGAGUCAGGCCGUACACUAAUAACUUAAAAGGACACUAGUCACCAGAACUACAGCUUAAUGUAGUUGUUCUGGUGAGUAUAAUUAUUCCCUUCAGGCAUUUCCAUGCAAAGUCUCUUCAGAGAAAAUGCAGUGUUUACAUUGCCCCCUAGGGGUACCUCCUGUGGCCGGUGCUUCCUGGGGCAGUGCUGCACAGGCAGCUCUGCUGUUCAGUCUGCUGAAUUUUCCUUCUAGAGAUGCAUUGAUUCAAUGCAUCUCCAUGAGGUGGUGCUGGUUGGCCAAAACGGUGUUUGGCCCUGCCCCAACCUGCCUCCUUGCUGGUUUCAGCAAUUCGGUUGGUUAAAAAUCGUAAAUUCUGAUGUCAUCAAGGAGGCGGAUCGGGUGCAGGACUUGCACGACGCUGGAAAAAGUGUUUUAACCUUUCUAAGGAGGAGGCAAGCCAUCUAAGUGGUGGGUUUAACACUAUAGGGUCAGGAAUACAUGUUUGUGUUCCCGACCCUAUAGUGUUGCUUGAAUCCAGCGCAGUUUUGGCUCUGCCCCGGUUCUCCGCAUCAGCUGAUGCUUUCAGCCAAUCAGUUGCCCCUGUCUGAGAUUUUGUUUGAAGAAUCUGUUAUAGUUCAUCUUGACAAAAAUUUGAUUGUUGCACCUUGUUAAUCACAAUAUAGGUGAUAUGUCUUUAAAAGUACUGAUUUUGUUUUAGUGUUUUGUUGCACUUCGCAUAUUUUACAAAGGUUUUUAGAAUGUAUUUAACAAAUGAUGCAAUGAUAGUAUAUGUCUAAUUUGUUUUAGUUCACUUGCACUGGACAUUUUUUUUUUUUUUUCUCCUUAGACCACAUGAUUCAAAUGCAAAAUAUAUUGGGGUGUAUACAUUAUUUGUUUUAAUCAUUUCUGAAUAAGUCUUCAAGUAAUCUUAUAGUGAAAUGCUGUUCAAAAUUAGUGUAUACAGUAAAACUGCAAACUGAACUUUUCUUUUUAUGAAUUCUGUCAUUGCAGGUAGAUGUUAUGGAAACUGAUGGUUUCCAAGCUGACACAGAGGAAGAGGAUGAAGAAGACUGUAUGAUUGUGGAUGAGCAGGAGAGUAAAGGUAAAUGCAGAGAUGAUGCACACUUAUGGGAUAUAAAAAGAGAUUUAAAUUGGGAUAUGAAACUUAUUGCUUGCACCAUUGUCUCAUUUCCUGAUUUAUCUUGUAUUUAACAAUAGAGCAAUCGAUAUAGUUAAAGGAACACAUCUAGGCACCCAAAUGUCAUCUUAAGUGUUUAGUCCAAAGACCUGAUCCCUCCUUUUUUUUUUUUUUUUUUAUUUCAUUGAAGGUGGUUUAGCUGGAUUUCUAGUGUUCCUUUCAUGAUAAAGGGAAGCUAAAACUAAAUAUUUAAAUUUCUUAUGCUUUAUUUCACAGAUGUAGCGACUUCCACUUUACUCAAUUUGGAGAUUACCCGGGAUGAUGGAGCUGUCCCUGCAUCUUGCCAAGCUUGAAACUUUAAUACUAAUCAGUAUAUAUGUAGAAUGUUUGGAUAUUUUAAAAUAUUUUUUAAAAAACCUUGUUUGAGUGUACGGUAUACGUGAAACUAUCACGGUGUAUAAAGGACAGCACUUUCAUGCUCCAAAUCCCAAAAAAAUUUAAUUUCUUCCAGGCUGUAAGACUAAUUUGUCUCUAAUAAAGCAUUAUUCAAAUUU